CACACACACACACACACGCAGAUCAACUGUGGAGAAAUCAUGAGCAGCAGCAGCUUCAACACACCAGACCAGGGUCUGAGAGUGGAUCUGGAGUGUGUGAAGAACAACACGGAUCAUCACACACACGAGAUCACAGAGGAGCGUCUGAUCAUCCGCAGAGGACAAGCCCUCAGUCUGAAGAUCAGCGCAGAGAACAUACAGCAGAACCACAUCACUAUCACUGCUGAGACCGGCCCCGGUGCGAGUGAAGCGAAAGGAACGCUCCGCUCCUUCAGCACUGAGAGCUCCACUAACCCCGCUCAGGUGUGCAGCCGCUCUGAGUCCUCCGUCAGCCUGACGCUGGUGUUUCCGUCUGACGCUCCGGUCGGACGAUACUCUGUGUGUGUUAAACACAGAUCCUCCAGCUGUGUCAACACACUGACACUGCUCUUCAACCCCUGGUGUAAAGAUGACAGUGUGUAUCUGCCGAGUGAAGCAGAGCGGCAGGAGUACAUCAUGAGUGAGCAGGGCGUCGUGUAUAAAGGAGUAGAUGAAUACAUCACUAGCAUGAGCUGGGACUACGCUCAGUUUGAGGAGGAUAUCGUGGACAUCUGCCUGAAGCUGCUGGAUCUGAACCCCAAGUGUCUGAAAGAGCCUCAGGAGGAUUAUUCAGCUCGCUGCAACCCUGUAUACAUCAGCCGAGUGGUCAGCGCUAUGAUUAACUCUGAUGAUGAUCGGGGUGUUCUGAUGGGUCAGUGGGGCGACUCGUACACUGGUGGGGUUCCUCCGUCCCGCUGGAGCAGCAGUGUGGAGAUUCUGCGCCGCUGGAUGAAAUACGACUGCAGUCCGGUCAAAUAUGGCCAGUGCUGGGUGUUUGCAGCUGUCAUGUGCACAGUGAUGCGGUGUCUGGGUAUCCCAUGUCGUGUGGUCACCAACUUUCAGUCUGCUCACGACACAGACCGGAACCUCGUGGUGGAUGAAUACUUCAGUGAUUACGGCGUUCGGCCCAAACAGAGCCUGGACAGUGUGUGGAACUUCCAUGUGUGGGUGGAGGCCUGGAUGAGGAGACCAGACCUGACACAGGACACACACACGCUGUAUGACGGCUGGCAGGUGCUGGAUCCCACACCACAGGAGAAGAGCUCAGGCACGUACUGCUGCGGUCCGGCGCCAGUCAAGGCUAUCCUAGAGGGUCACACAGAGGUCAAGUACGACGUGCCCUUUGUGUUUGCGGAGGUCAACGCUGAUCGAGUGACGUGGCUGCUGAUGGCGGACAGAUCCAGGAAGAAGAUCAUGUCAGACAGCAGAAGCGUGGGUCAGAACAUCAGCACUAAAGCUGUGGGCAGCAGCAGCAGACUGGACAUCACUGACCUCUACAAACACCGCGAGGGCUCAGCGCAGGAGAGAGCAGUGUAUACUGAAGCUGUGAACAGACUGACUGACCUGCAGAUCUCCGAGUCUCCUCCAGUCAGUGUUCAGAUGAAGCUUAGUCUGGACGUCGCGCCGCUGAACGGAGCUGAUGUCCCGCUGAAGCUCCUCAUGAAGGGCAGCAGAGCGCAGUGUGUGUGUGUGUGCAUCAGCGCGCAGGUCAUGCGGUACACUGGAGCCCCGGCGGCUGCAGUCUGGAACCACAGCACUGACGUCCAGCUGCAGGACAUUGAGGAGAAAGCUCUGCCCUUCACACUGCCGUUCUCUGCAUACGGACACAGAAUGCUGGAAAACAACUGCAUUAAAGUCUCUGCCAUCGCUAGAGAGAAGAACAACCCGAACGACAUGUUUCUGACUGAGAAAAACAUCAUUCUGCACACUCCAAACCUCAGCCUUACUGUCAGUGGUUCUCCUCUGCUGGACAGUGUGAUGAGCGCUGUUGUACAGUUUGAGAAUCCUCUCCCCUCAGUGCUGCAGAACUGCUCCAUCAGUCUGACUGGAAGCGGUCUGCUCAAAAACACAGAGAAGUCCAGUACGGUGCAGCUCGGCCCAGGACAGAGGAUCACACUGCAGGUCAGCUUCACACCCUACAGACUGGGACUCAAGAAGCUGAUGGCCAACUUCAACAGCGCCACCUUCAGGGACAUUCAGGCCAGUGCGGAGGUCAGCGUGAGGCCAGCGUGAGGCCAGCGUAAGGCCAGCAUGCUCCUGACCCUCAGCACAUAAACACCAGCACAGACCUGCUCGCUUCUCUGCACAUUAUACAGCUUUAUAAUCGAGAACUCUCAGAUUCUAGACUCAAAGAACAAGAUCAGCAGUGCUGGGGAGAGUUACUUCUGAAAGUAAAGCAUUACAGUAUUGAGUUACUCCCCAAAACACUAACUAGUUGCAUUACUUAAUUACUUUCUAUGGUAAGUAAUGUGUAACAUUACUCUUGAGUUACUUUUGCGUUGUGAUUCUCAUCACUUUCAGAACUUGCUGUUUUUUUAUUAUUACUUUAAGAUGAGCUCUGUAAUGAACAACACACUGAAUAAGCUUCAUUCACCUUUCAAAACACAUCAGUAAGACUAAUGUAGGAUUAUGUUCUCGUCUGAUAUCUUCCUUAGCCAGAGCUCUACAUGCUGUAUAUACAGAUUAAUGACAGUGUGUUUGCUGCUUUCAGUCUUAUUAGCUCAGUAAAAUCAGUGUGCACUGAGACUAUAAUCGGCUGAGUGUGUGAUUCAACAUGACUACGUUAAUUUUAAUGCAGGAAGUUAUUUUUUCCAAGCCAAUUAAUUAAAUUAAAAAGUAACUGGCAUUACAUUUUACCAAAGUAACUCAAAUAUUAUUGCUUAAUUUUCUAAAGUAAUACUUGUUACUUAGAAAAGUCAUAUAAUUACACCCCCAACACUGAAGAUCACGUCAUGAUAUGCUGAUGAUACACGGCCAAAUAAUACAAAAAUUAAUAUUAUUUUGCAUUUAUUUUUGUCUAUGAGAUCUGAUUUCAGUUCUGCAUUAAACUGAAGAAUAUUCUGCACAACCCAUACUGUAAUCUAAAGCGAUCUGAUAUUAAAAAGUUGUAUUGACUAUUGAAGAGAGCUGAAGAUAUAUGAAUACACUUUUUCUUGCUUUAUGGGUUUACAAUAUCCAAAAGUCACAGUUGAUUAAACAAGAAAAGACUAUCUUCAUCACAAUCCAGUGGUGUUAGACUGUCAUUCAUUUCUUUUUCUCUGUUGAACACAAAGCAAAAGCAGUCACUGACUUUCAUAGCAGGAGCAAAAACACUGACAAAAUGUUCACUUUGGGGUGAACUGUGCCUUUAACAAACAAAGCAACUCAUUGUAACUUGUUUUAACCAAAACGUCUUGCGCAAAAUCAAUUGCAGCACUAUUAUGGAUCUUUAUCUGUGCGUCUUUAUUUUCAGAGAACUUCUAGGGCUUUGCAAUUUGUGUGUGUUUUUUAAUUUUUCACAAACUUUCAAGGGUCACUCGUGGGAACAUUUUCAUUGUGUUUAAUUGGAAUAAAUAAACAUUUGAAGCAAAA